ACGGCCGUGCGUGGACUCGCAACACAGUCCUACGGUUCCAGAGAGAAGAAACUCGGAUGCGUCUGAUGUGCUGUUGUUAGUUAUCCUGGCUGAAGCUGAAUUAUUUUGUUAGUUAUUGUGUUUCCCGCUGCAAUUCUGGGAUUAAAUUUAAACUGAGACCAAGAAAGAAGGUUGUGUGUUGUGUUUAUGUAUGAGUGAGGGUGAGUGUGUUGAGAUGAGUUCAGGCGACGAAGAGGGCGGUUUACGCAUCCGCCCCCCAUCCAGUCUUAAUGUGAAGAAGGUCUACAGCGAAAGCGCAGAAGAACUCCAGUCCCCAGAGGCUCUGAGGAGCAGCGCUAUGUCACCUGACCUGAGGCAGGACUUCAACAUGAUGGAGCAGAGAAAGAGAGUCACACAGAUUCUACAGAGUCCAGACUUUAAGGAGGAGUUGGAGUGCAUGGUAAAGGAGCAGUGCUCCAAAGGCAGUAACUCCAGUGGUCUCCUCGGUCACAUCGCACACCUCAUCAUCAGCAAUACAUUUAGCAACACUGGAGUAUACAGUCCCAGCAGUGCCGGGUCAAUUAGUCCAGUGAAUGAUUUGUGUGGGGUGGAGUGGUUUAGUUGUUCUAAAGCUGAGAGGCAGGGCCGCUGUAAACUCGCCUGCUUGUACCGGCUGCUGGACUUAUACGGAAAUACCCACUUCCCAAAUACAUAUGUAACUCUCCGUAUCAACAAAGAGCAGGAUCAUAUUCUUAUUCUUCCUAAAGGACUGUCGUUCUCAGAGGCCACAGCAGCUAGUCUGGUGAAGGUGAAUCUGAUUGGUGAGGGGGUUGAUCAGGGAGCCACUGCAUUGCCUGUGGAUGUUUUGGGAUUCAAACCACAUUCUGCAGUGUAUUCUGCCAGACCAGAUGCCAAAUGUGUUAUACAUACAUAUACACCGACUACAGCUGCCGUCUCUUCUAUGAAAUGUGGCAUCUUACCCAUCUCCCAUGAAGCUUUGCUGCUGGGGGAGGUGUCUUAUUUUAGCUACCAUGGUGAUUUAGCCAACGAGCAGGAGAAGAUGGAACUUCAGAAAGCUCUUGGUCCCACUGCCAAGGUUUUGGUCCUGAGGAAUCAAGGUUUACUGACAUUUGGAGAGACGAUAGAGGAAGCUUUUCAUUAUCUGUAUCACAGUCACCAAGCUUGUGAGAUACAGGUUAGUGCUCUGUUAUGUGCGGGUGGCGUUGACAACCUGUGCGUGUUAGACAGAGCAAGUCUGAAAAUUGCUCCUACGAAAAAACCCAGUGGACAAAUGCCAGACGGACAGAUCAGAUGGAGGGUUGGAGAGGCAGAAUUUGAGUCGCUUAUGAGGAUGUUAGAUAACUUAGGUUACAGAACAGGUUACACUUACCGGCAUCCCAUAGUUAAAGAGAAGCCCCGACACCAUAAUGAUGUGGAAAUCCCAGCAACUGUCACGGGGGUGGGACUAGAGGAAAAGGACACCUUUCCACAGAGUCCGUUGCACUUCCUGGCACAAAAGCGGGACAGAGAGAGGAUACGGUGGCUGAACUCACCAAACAGCUACUUAAAGGUCAACGUACCUGAGGAAUCCAUCAACGGGGCCUGCAGCCCCCGGACCAAAACCAUGUGGAUGAAGUCAGAAGAGUCGGGCAACUGCAAGGACAACCCAAUUAGGAUUGAGGACCCCAACCAGUUUGUCCCACUUAAUACUAACCCAAAUGAAGUAUUGGAAAAAAGAAAUAAGAUUCGAGAGCAGAACAGAGUUGAUCUGAUGACAGCUGGACCCAAGUCUCAGCUGCUGGCAGACAUUGUUAUUGACAAGCCUCCAGGACCAGCAUUCAUCUAUGAGGAUGAGGAGCAGACAGCUGCUCUACCACCCAACCCUUUCAACCAAUCAGAAGCAGAGAUACAGGAAUACACACAAACUGUGGAGAAUAAGAGCAGCCAAUCAGCUCUUCAGUCAGAGGCUGAUGAGGAGUUCACAGAUGGAGAAAUGACUACAUACGACGGCUCCACCAUUUCCCUGUCGAUCUCACCUCUCAUGAGCCCUGAAAGAGGAGACUGUCUUUCAGCUCUGCUCCAGAGCAGCGAUGGUGAUGACCUGACGCAGGAUGAUGACCUCACUCUACAGGUCACAGAGCUCAGCAUCACUAAAGAGAUGCAGGUCUCCAUAACAACCACAGUCGCCAACAACAUUUCAGUCACCAGCUCUUCUGAAAGUCAGCCAAUGUCACCCAAAAAGAAGAAAAAGAAAUUUCGUACUCCUUCCUUCCUGCGGAUGACGAAAAAGAAAGAGCGAAGAGACAAGGAGAAAGGAAAAGAGAAGGAGAAGGAAAGAGAGAAGGAGCAAGAAGAAAAGGAGAUAGAAGAAGAAAAGGAAUGCAGGAAGGACUGAGUAAACACUCCUGUUAGACAUGUGACUGUGAAGGGGCUUGUGGGAUAUGUAGUUUUAGGAGGGCCCAGUGUUAAAUGCGAUGACCAGCAGGGACAGGGAUAUUAACAUCAAAGCAAUGACUUGUAUGUUAAGUUGUUAAACACGGAAUAUUUCAACACUUUUUUUCCUACAGCUAUAUCAACAUCUAUAUAGCCGAAGAAUAUCGUACUACACUUUUAUAAACUGUACAUUAAUGCACUCUUAUACACACAAAUAUCAGCAGACUAAAUGAAAAAUUCUAGUCCUUAUUCACAGCCCUAAUCACUGAAUAUGAGAAGUAUUGGAAAUAUUUUGAUGGCUCUACAUUGUUUGUAGAUGAAUUGAUGUUGUGCUGAAUUAAUCAGGUGACAGUGAAUUUUAAGAAAGACUGUGUGAAACUGGAUUCCUGCAUAUUAGGAAUAUUAAAGUAUUAAAAUCAUUUUUAAAUGGGAAACAGCCAUUCAGUGUGAUAUGAAGCUUUGUUGAUUUGCUUGGUUUGUAAAUGGAGAUGUAGUUGAUAACAGAUUGUUAUUCUACUAAUAGUUUUGUUGACCGAUUAUAUAAAAGGCUAUAACCACUAUAUGUUGAUUAUACAAUCAAAUACUUGGAUUUUAAUCAAAAACUUGUGCUGUAAUUAUGUUAAUAGUGAUGUUUUCCUGUUCUCACCAAGGCGUUUUGUCUUCCAUGGUCAAAUACUGCUUUUUGUAAUUUGCAGUCUCAUGGUCAUGUGUGUGAAUGUAACCUUUCUGAAAUAAAAGUGUGCUAAAAUUUACAAAGAAAAACAUUUAUAAUACAGACAUCAGCUGGAAAACACAAUUUGAAUAAA